AUGGAGCCAGAUUCCACACCUGCACCGAACAGCGAGGUUACGGCAUCUGCAACACAACCCCCCACCACAUCUCUUGCAGAACAUCAAAAGCGAUCGAAACCUAAGAAAGAGAAGACACCCAAGCCCAAGAAAGACCCUUCAGAAUCAAAACCGAAGCCCAAGCCUAAGGCCAAAGCCGACAAUGCAUCAAAGCCAGCCUCUACAGAUCCCGAUGCCAUGUUCAAACAAGGUUUCCUCGCUGAUGUUUAUAACGAAAGGCCAGAAAAGAAGGUUGUCACACGGUUUCCACCUGAACCAAACGGCUUCCUACACAUAGGGCACAGCAAGGCAAUAGCGGUCAACUUUGGGUUUGCCAAAUAUCAUGGCGGAGAAUGCUAUCUACGCCUUGACGACACGAACCCUGAAGAGGAGGAGAAGAUGUUUGAGGAAUCGAUUGUUGAUACUGUACGAUGGCUGGGAUUCAAGCCAAAGGCUGUGACAUAUUCAAGCGACAAUUUCGAGAGAUUAUACGACUUGGCUCAGGAUCUCAUAAAGAAGGAGAAGGCUUACGUUUGCUUCUGUACAAAGGAUGAGAUCAAUGACCAAAGAGGAGGGACUGACCCUAGGAAAAAGAAACCGCGAUAUGCCUGCCCACAUCGUGACCGAACCGUAGACGAUAGCUUAGCCGACUUCGAAGCGAUGAGAGACGGGAAAUACAAGCCUAACCAAGCUGCGUUGAGGAUGAAGCAAGAUCUUGAGGACGGAAAUCCGCAAAUGUGGGACUUGGUAGCAUACAGGAUACCAAAACGGUCGGAUGCAGCAAAAGAGGAGCCUGCGGAAGGCACUGAUCAGGAAGACGGGCAAGACAGCCAUGACCCAGUUUAUGCAAAAGCCCAUUAUCGGACUGGAGAUAAAUGGAAGGUCUACCCCUCAUACGACUUUUGUCAUAGUCUCUGCGACAGCUUUGAGGGCAUAACACACUCCCUGUGUACUGUCGAAUUCGAGCUAUCUCGCGUCUCUUACGAAUGGCUCAACAACCAGCUGGUAGAUUUUAAGCCCAUGCAGCGUGAAUAUGGCCGACUCAAUGUUACUGGUACGGUACUAUCGAAACGCAAGAUCAAGAAAUUGAUUACGAAAGGGAUUGUCAGAGGCUACGAUGAUCCACGGCUCUACACUUUACCAGCUCUCAGGCGGCGAGGAUUCCCACCCGGCGCAAUCCUCUCCUUUGUCAACGAACUGGGCGUCACGAAGGCUACGGCAAACAUCCAGACCAGUCGACUGGAGAAUUCAGUCCGCAAGUAUCUAGAAACAACAGUGCCGAGACUUAUGCUUGUUCUUGAUCCGGUCAAAGUCAUUCUAGACAACGUACCCGAUGACUUUGAGGAAAUGGUUGAGCUGCCGUUUGCGAAAGAACCUGCCGUGGGCAGCCACACAGUGCCAUUCGCAAAGGUAGUGUACAUAGACCGAAGUGACUUCAGGGAGGUAGAUUCGCAGGACUUCCGCCGCUUAGCGCCUGGGAAGACAGUCGGUCUCAUGAAAGCGCCGUUCCCAAUUACGGCGACGACUGUGGACAAAGAUCCAACUACAGGGCAGGUCACAGCAGUUCAUGCCACAUACGAGAAGCCAGAAGACGGCAGUGCACCAAAGAAGCCCACGGCUUGGGUUCACUGGGUAGGCGACUCGCGGAAACAUAAGAGUCCCAUCAAGGCCAGUGUCCGGAUCAUCAACCCACUCUUCAAAUCCGACAACCCAGCUUCCCUCGACGAUUUCACAACAGACAUUAAUCCCGGAUCUGAGGUCAGCUAUCCUGGGGCGCUGAUAGAAACCGGGUUUACAGAAAUACAGAGGCGGGCACCUUGGCCGGCUGAAGCAGGUGAGAAAGAAGUUGCCGCCAACACAGAUGAGCCCGUUGAGACUUCCUCUAAAAAUCCGGCUGAUGACCCUAUUCCAACCAUGAUAGGUCCUGAAACAGUCCGAUUCCAGGGUAUGCGGAUGGGCUACUUUUGUGUUGACAAAGACAGCACGGACAACGAAAUCGUUCUUAACAGGAUCGUGAGUUUGAAGGAAGACUCGGCGGCACUCAAGCAUUCAAAGAACAAGAUGUUUGAUUUGUUUCCUCCUACACACCUCAUCCUCAACACCAAUCAUCAGCAUGGCGCUCCCCACCACCAUCAUUCACCUCUUAGCCCUCCUCACCUUCACGCUCGCAAUCACAUACCCCCUUUUCCCCCGUCAAUUACAGCCGAAUUCAACCGACUCGCAUCCCUCCCCUCCCUAAUCGACCCAAUGACAAUCUUCGCCUCCCUGCCCCCCUCAAUCCUCCAAAUCCUCCAAACCACACCCCUCAACCCCUCAGAAUCCCAACCCAACCCUAUCGCCUCUACCUUCCCCUCCGCCGCCACGGGCACAAUUAAUGGCACUUUCCUCCUCAUCCCCCUCCCCUACUCCCUUGCCACCUCCAUAAUCCCCCCGCAAUACAGGAUACUCAAGCAGCAAAUCGCGCACUACCUCCCCCACUUCCCCUCCAACACGAGCUACCCCAUGCUUCUCAACAUCCAACUCGACCACGAUAUCCGCUCCGCCGGCGUCACCGUUCCGGAUUUCUCGCAAGUCCUUUUCCGGUUUCCGUUUGUGGAUCUGUUGGGGGAUGGGGAGACGGCUUUCUCGUUCGUGCCGAGCACCAUUGUGGGAGCGGGUGGAGGCACGGCGGGCGUGGCGGGGCAAGCUGUUGCGAAGGUUGGGGCGGAGUCUUAUGGGGAACGAGUUGUGCUGGGGGAUUUUGAGCCGAGGGGGAUGCGCCUGCCGUUCGCGUGCGAUAAUAUGAUUAGGUUCUUUAACACGAGUAUUACGCAGGGACGGUUUAGUCCGAAGGGGGUGAAGGGCGAUGUAGAACUGGUGCCAGCGAAGAUGUCGGGUAUUGAUAUCUUUCCGGAUGGACUCGAUUUGAAAGGUGUGAAGGGAGCGAGGUUUGAUACCGCGUUUAUUGAGAAUAAUUAUCGGAGGUGUGAGGAUUUGAAGGGGUAUAAGUAUCAAGGAGUUUGA